AUACUGUUGUUGGAUGUCCGUGGAUGUCAUUCUUCAUGGUGUGUCAGAGAGUAAAAAGCCCAAUAAGAAAUCCUUUUGGUCACAGAAGACAAUGGUGACGGUGUCUUCAUUUGUUUUACGUGUGCAUCAUAAUUUGCGUUGUUAUGGUUGGUUAUAAUGUUCUCGCAUCGCGUAGUGACUGAAGUUGAUCGAAGCCAAUGAAGUCGACUUCGACCAUGCAUCGAGCAAUUACGUUAGGGGGAGUAUUCCAGGAGUAUUCUUCAAUGCUUGGAACUUGACAUUGUUGUCAAGAGUGUUUUAUCCCGUAUUUAUUGCGUACUGCAGAUUAAAGUGAAAUAAUGAACUGCAAAAGUUUUAAAUUACAUAUUUUUGAAGUUGUGUAAUUUUCCUGGGUUCGGAAUACAAAAUAAUGGGGAGUGAGAAAGUAAAGUUGUGUUUGCAGCGUGUUUUUAAGUUGGACUACCCACAUGGCCAAGGUGGUGUGUUCCUCAGUUGGCAGCCUGGCAGUGGGGGAUACUUGGCCACUAGUGGAGCAGAUGAGUUUGUUUCAAUUUAUAACAGACAUGGCAAAAGGGUGGAGCGGAUUCGGAUGCUAGGACCCUGUUCUGGCUUUGACUGGGAUGUGGAUGGUGAUCUGCUGGCUGCAGUAACAGCUAGUGCUCCUCAUGUGAUGCUCUGGGAUGCUAACACAGGAAAGAAACAGCAGAUUGACACAGGCCUUCGAGACCCCCUCAGCUGCAUCAUCUGGGCCAAGUCAGGACCGGUGCUUGCAGUUGGAACAAGCAGGGGGAACUUGGCUAUUUACAACCAUAACACUGCUAAACGUAUUCCAAUACUUGGAAAACAUAGUAAGAGGAUCUGUUGUGGCUGUUGGAGUGCAGAAAACUUACUUGCACUGGGUUCUGAUGACAGAACUGUCUCUAUCAGCAACCCAGAAGGAGAUACCCUACGAGUGAUCACGUUACGCUCUGAGCCAAGUGAAAUCUGCUUCUCUCAGAUGAAGCUGGAUGAGAGGCUAGGUGGAGAGAACACUGUGAGCUUGCUUGUGGGGAAAAAAACCUUGUUCCUCUAUAAUCUGCAUGAUCCUGACAAUCCUGUGGAGCUUGCGUUUCAGCAGCGCUAUGGCUCUGUCAUCACCUACAAAUGGUUUGGAGAUGGAUACAUUCUUCUGGGAUUUAGUGCAGGAUAUUUUGUUGCAAUAUCCACACACAUUAAAGAAGUGGGUCAAGAAUUAUUUCAAGUGAAGAAUCAUCGGGACAGUUUGACUGACAUUGCUCUCUCCACCAAACUGAACAAAGUGGCAUCUUGUGGAGAUAACAUGGUGAAGAUCCAUGACAUGAACAAUCUGCAAGAGACUUCUAGUGUUCUGACUUUGGAUGAUGAAUCAAGCGUUGUUCACUUAGCUUGGAGUGAGGAUGGGCAGCUGCUAGCUGUGGCUUCCCAGACGGGUUCAGUUCAUGUUUACUUAUCACAGCUUCCUCUUGUUACAUCUGUGUGUGGCACACAGAUUGCAGUCCUGUCGAGUCUAACAGAGCUCACUCUGUUUUCAUUUGAUUUAGAGAAUAAGAGUAAACUGCCUCCAAGUUUGACAUUAGACCUACCAGUUGAGCCCACCUUUGUAGCUGUGGGACCAUACCAUUGUGCUGCAGGAAUGAACAAUCGUGCUUGGUUUUAUGAUUUAACUCGCAGUAAUCCUGGAGAAACACAACCAAUACUUUUGCGAGAUCGUGAAUAUUUAGGUGCUGUAAAAAGUUUGAGACUGAAUACUGAUUAUGCAUCUGCUCUCUAUGAAGGGAAGAUUCAAUUACAUAUGAUUGAGCCAGCCAAUGGUGAUGGAGAUGACCGUGAAGUAAGAAUGUUUCCUGAUCAGAAUUCUUUAGAGCUAAACAUAACCUGCCACUGUCUUACAACUGACUUUCUUAUUUAUGCUACUGAUAUGGGUCAAAUUCAUUAUUUUUUUAUUGAAGAUUGGAAACUAGUGAAUGAUUAUCACCAUGAAGUUGGCAUUAGAAAUAUCUUUUCUGACUUAUCUGGAACUCAAUUGGUGUUUAUUGAUGACAAAAGUGUGGGCUAUGUAUUCUCUCCUGUGACAGAUGAGUUGCUUAAAAUUCCUGACUUCCCAUCUAAGGCUGUGGGAGCUCUGUGGGAUGUGCAGCCAGCAGAUCGCAAUGUCUUUAUAGUAUUUGAUGAUACUCAAAUAACCACAUACAUCAGUAUUAAGGAAUCUGUCAAAGGCCCUAGUAUUGAGUGUGUGGGCUGCACCAAACUGCCUUCUGGUCAGCUGCCCUUGUUGCUUUGUGGAGGUCAAGUUAUCAUGGAGACAUCAGUUGGAAAACUGAUGCCUCUCUCCCUGACUACUCAUGAGGUGACAGGAUCCAGCUCCAAUGACAGUCAGCUUGGAAGCCUUGAACAAGCUCUGACCAAGCAACUUGCCUUACGCAGAUUUAGUGAGGCCUGGAAAACUUGCCAAGUUUUAAACCAAAGAGAGUCGUGGACUCUUCUGGCUGAAGCUGUUUUGAAGAAUUUGAAUGUGGAAUUCGCAAUGCGAGUGUAUCGGCAUAUGGGUGACGUUGGGAUGGUGUGGUCACUCCAAACUCUUCAAGGUAUUGAAGACCAGCGUCUACUUGCUGGUCAUAUUGCUAUGUUCUUGAAGAAUUUUGAUAGAGCUCAGGAAUGGUACUUGGCAUCGUCACAACCUAUUGCUGCUUUGAAUAUGCGCCGAGACCUGUUGCAAUGGGAUCAAGCCCUGCAGUUAGCAAGCAAACUAGCUCCUGAGCAAAUUCCCUUUAUUGCCCGUGAAUAUGCACAUCAGUUGGAGUUCACUUGGAAACCUCUUAUUCCAUCACCUUGUAGGGCAGUAAUAGCUAUUUUGACAGAUGAAGUUUGUGACUUCAGAAGCUCACAGGCCUUAAGAUCAGGAACAGUUUCUUCAAAUUUGUUUCUACUUCAAAUUGGCAAUUACACAGAGGCAUUGUUGCAUUACGAGAAAGGAUUAAUGGAGACUAUGCCUGACCCUGAACAAGAAACACAUAAUUCCUUGUGUCGAGCUGGGGUAGCCCGAACUGCAUUACGUUGUGGAGACAUUCGAAGAGGUGUAGCGAUAGCAGGCGAUGUGAACAGCAGUCGGCAACUAAAGAGAGAAUGUGCUGAGAUUUUGGAGAGUAUCAAGCAACUUAACGAUGCUGCUAUAUUAUACGAGAAAGGCCAAUAUUAUGAAAAGGCUGCAUCUGCAUAUAUUCGUUUAAAAAAUUGGUCCAAGGUUGGAGAACUAUUGCCAUAUGUAUCUUCAUCCAAAAUACAUCUCCAGUAUGCCAAGGCAAAAGAGGCUGAUGGAAAGUACAAGGAAGCUGCCACUGCUUAUGAAGCAGCUCAUGAAUGGGAUAGUGUUGUCAGAAUUUACUUGGAGCAACUGAACAAUCCAGAAGAUGCUGUACAAAUUGUGAAGGAGACUAAGAGUGUAGAAGGUGCAAAGAUGGUUGCCAAGUUUUUUCAAAAACUUGGAGAUUAUAGAUCAGCCAUUCGUUUCUUAGUACUGUCUCACUGUCAUGAUGAAGCUUUCCAGUUAGCCCGCCAGCAUGGUCAAAUGGAACUCUAUGGAGAUAUUCUUGUUAAUACCAUAGAUGUUGAAGCUCGGCCAAAUGACUUCAGAAGCCUGGCUUUGCAUUUUGAAACAGAGAAGAACAAUUUUCUUGCUGGAAAAUUUUAUAUGCAUGCUGGAGACUAUACAAAGUCGUUGAAGCACCUGAUGAAAGUUAUUAAAUCAAAUUCAGAAGAUUCUGAGGCAAUUAAUUUGGCUAUUGAUGUUGUUGGGGUAGCAAAUGAUGAGCAUCUGGCAAGUCAGCUGAUUGAGUUUCUGUUGGGUGAAAGCGACGGGAUACCAAAGGAUGCCAAGUUUCUCUUCAGACUAUAUAUGGCACGAAAACAGUACAGAGAAGCUGCAAAGACAGCUAUUAUUAUAGCUAGUGAAGAUCAAAUGAAUGGUAAUUAUCGCUGUGCACAUGAUGUGUUGUUUGGAAUGUACCAGGAACUUCAACGUAAUAGGAUUAAGAUUCCUGCAGAAAUGCAACAUAACCUUAUGCUUUUGCAUUCUUACAUUCUUGUUAGAUUACAUGUGCGACAUGGAGAGCACAAAAUGGGAGCACGAAUGUUGAUACGUGUUGCGGAUAAUAUUUCAAAGUUUCCAUCACAUAUUGUUCCUAUUCUUACAUCAACAGUAAUAGAAUGCUCCAGAGCAGGAUUAAAAGGAUCUGCAUUUACAUAUGCAGCUAUGUUGAUGCGUGCUGAAUACAGGUCCCAGAUUGAUCCCAAAUAUGCCAAGAAGAUUGAAGCUGUUGUUCGGAAGCCUGCAGCUCGAGGCAAAGCAGGCUCAGAGGAGGAAGAGUCUUCAACACCAUGUCCAUAUUGUGACGCCUUGGUUCCAGAAACAGAACUCAAUUGCUCACACUGCAAAAACACUAUACCAUUUUGUAUUGCCACUGGUCGACAUAUUGAGAAGGAGAAUUUGACAGCUUGCCCCAGUUGCAAUUUUCCAGCUUUGUAUUCAGAGUUACAUACAAUAUUUGAGUAUGGUGAAGCAUGUCCAAUGUGCAGUGAAAGAGUUGAACCAAGCAAGCUAACUAGUAACAUUGAUCCACGGCCUUUCUUAUACCCAAUCGGUGAAGACUAGUUAAAAAAGGUUGUCUUGUAGUGGCUGAUUGAAUAUGUAAUCAAUUCAUCAAGAACAUGUGUAAUGAUGUUGCUGGAAGAUAAAACUUGAUUAUUUUUUUUGUCAAAGAAAAUGAGAAAAAAUACUUCCAAUUAAUGAAGUAAUUCUGUGAAAAUAAUCCGUCCAUUAUUUGUAUUAUAUUUAUUAUUAAUUGUGUUGCAUGUAUUGUGUAUCGUUGCAGUAUUUGCAAAACUUAGUCUUUAAAUGUACUUACUAUCAUUCAAUUUUGAGUCAGAUAGGGUUAUUUAUUGAGAAUAUUACUUAAAAAAAGCAAGAUUGUAUGAAGAAAAAUUAUUUUACUGUCGAGAUGUUCAUGAGUAAUCUAUUUGUUUGAGAUGAAUAUUUCAGGUUAAUAUAUCUUUUGAAAGUAUAUGUUUGCAAAGAUGAGUGUAAGUAUGUUUUCCAACCAAGAGUUUAAAAAAAUAAAAUAGGUCUGAUGAUACAUAGUUAUUUUGAAAAGAACUUUUGUGUAGUUGUUUCUUUGUCAUUUACUCUCUUUUUAGUAGUUGUAUUAAAACUUGCAAUUGAUUAACUAUUUAAAAUCUAUAUUAUUUUCUAGCAAUUCCAAAGUAGUUUAGCGGCAAAAUCAGCUAAUUUUUUCAAAAAAAUUGAAAAUAACUUUUUUAAUGAGCUGACUUUUUACAACAGACUCUCUAAAGUAAAAACACUUUCUAUAAUUUUUUAGUUUUGAAACUGCACGUUCUUUUAGUACUUUCGAAAGAAUGUAUCUAUAGCUGAAAAUGAGACUAGCACAACAUUUUUUACAGUACUUUAUUACAUAUAUGGAGAAAAUUUAAAGAAAAAAUUUGGAGUGGUGUUUGAGAUUUUUUCCCCCUGUAAAUUCCAAGUGCAAAUUAAGCAAAAAAUUACUUUUCAAAACGGAAAUUACGCAAAAAUCUACAAUUUUGUAGAUUUAAACUUUUUCUUUUG